AUGUAUUGGAAAAGGUGGAUAUGGUCGUGUGUACAAAGGAGAACUUUGAUAGCCGGAAAACUCACCGCGGUUGCUGUAAAAAGGUUAAAUGAUCGUCUCGGACAAGGUUUAAAGGAAUUUUUAACAGAAAUUCAGCUGCUCACUAGUCAAGAGCAUCCAAACCUCGUUUCUCUUCUAGGUUAUUGUGACGAGGGGGCAGAGAAAAUUAUUAUCUAUGAAUAUGCAGAGCGUGGAAGUUUGAAUCGAUGCUUGCAAGAUGAUCGUGAACACCGACCUUCUAUGGAUGUUGUUAAGAAAGAGCUUGAAGAAAUACUGAAAAUCGAGAAAUUAGAUGUACAUGUAUAA